UAUACCAUGACGUAGCGAGAGGAAGGGAUCCCGCAAAUUUAAAUAUUUCUACUUCCUCUCCCGCAUUUAUAGUAAGCUCGCAAGUGUAGUAAUACGAUUUUUUCUAGACAUUGUGCCAUUUUUGCGUGUGGUGAUUUUUGUUAGGUGGUGAGCUUGAGUUCCCCAUAAAUGGGCGUCUUUACAGUUUUGGCGAACAAAAUGCCAAGAACUGCGAAGAAAUCGAAGCAGGCGCAGGAGCUGGUCGACGUCGAGGUCGGAAGCGUAUCAGAGGACUUGGAGGUUCCGGUCGCGUCCGAGGUCGUUUUUCGAAAGGUGUGGAGGAUUCGUAAUUUUAAAAAGAUCGUCGCGAAGAAGGAUUACCUGGACAGUCCCGAGUUCCGAUGCUCGGUCAACGGGAUGAGCACCUACUGGAAUGUGGCGGUUCGAUUUUGGAAAGGCUCGAACGGUAAAAAAAUACCAAAUCCUUUGGUGUUGUGCUUGAAUUUGACCGGGUGCGAAACUGAAGAGAAAGGUCAGGCUAGGAUUAGGUACCAGUUUGGCAUUUGGGAUGCCAGCAUUCGCUACUGGGAGCUUUGUGACAUCUCCAAUUUGGUUUUGAACUUAGAAAAUACUCACAAUUUAGUCUCAAUUGGGUACAAAACGCUUGGAAUCAACGAGCGACACAUAGACAGUGAGAAAGACUUGAGAAUAAUGGUUAAAGUACAAAUAAUACAAAGCGAGGAAGAAAAACACAGCCUGUCGCAAGAUCUCGCUCGGAUUUUGACGUUGGAAUCUGAGCAGUACGCUGACACAAUUGUCGAAUGUGCAUCAGAACAAAAUCAGGAGCUUUUCAAAGUGAACAGCGUGCUGAUCAGGGCUCGCAGUUCCAAACUAGGCGCGAUGCUUCAGAAGUACAAAGAUCCAAAGAACGAAAACAUCAGGUACAAACUGGAUCUGUCCGUCCUCGACUAUUGCAUUGUAAAGGAACUGCUGAGAUACAUCUACACCGACAAAGUGGACAACACAGACGCGCAUGCAAAUAAACUACUGCCACUAUCCACCAGGUUCCAUUUGCCAGGACUAACCGCACUGUGCGAGAGGACCCUUUUGGACAGCAUGACCCCGAACACAGUUCCAAACAUUCUACUAUUAGCCGAUCAGUAUGGCUGCGAAAAUCUGCGCAAAGCCGCCCUCCACUACUGCGAAGAGUCCACGGCCUUAAAAGGGACUAUCCAACCUACCGGUAAAUCCUUGGCAUGGCGCGUAAUGGAAAUGGUCAACCCCGAUUUAUUCUUGGAGGCGUGCGAGAGCAUAGGCAAUUCUUCGAGCACACUGGACAGUCCCACAUCCGCCGGUUCAGUGAGCGACGCGUGAUAAACUGUACAAAGAAAUCCAAGUAUUAUUAUGUAUUUUUUAUAUUUAUUGCAAUUACUUUUAGUGUAAAUUCAUACUUUUCGUACAAAUAGCUAUCAUAUAGCUUUCCUAUCUAAUAAAAUUGUUUAUAUUUUCUAA